AUGGGCUUCAAGGCUGGUAUGACGCACGUCGUCCGCGACGUCGAAAAGCCGGGCUCCAAGAUGCACAAGAAGGAACAGUGCGACGCGGUGACGAUCAUCGAGUGCCCGGAACUCGUCGUCGUCGGCCUCGUCGGCUACGUCCGCACGCCGAAGGGCUUGCGCGGUAAGAAGACCGUCUGGGCCGAACACUUGAACGAUGAAAUCCGCCGUCGAUUCUACAAGAACUGGUUCAAGUCCAAGAAGAAGGCUUUCACCAAGUACGCCAAGAACUACACGAACGGCUCCAUCGAAAAGGACUUGGAAGAGCUCAAGAAGUCGUGCGACGUCAUCCGUGUCAUUGCCCACACCCAAGUCCGCAAGGUCAAGGGUCUCAAGCAAAAGAAGGCGCACAUCAUGGAGAUCCAAGUCAACGGUGGCGAUGCCGCCGCCAAGGUUGACUUUGGCUUCGCGCUCUUCGAAAAGACUGUCCCGGUUGACAGCGUCUUCCAGCAAGACGAGAUGAUUGAUCUCAUCGGCGUCACGAAGGGUAAGGGUUUCCAAGGUGUCGUCACCCGUUGGGGCGUCACCAAGCUCCCGCGUAAGACGCACAGAGGUCUCCGCAAGGUCGGUUGCAUCGGUGCGUGGCACCCGUCCCGUGUGUCCUACACGGUUGCCCGCGCCGGUCAAAUGGGUUACCACCACCGUACGGAACUCAACAAGAAGGUGUACAAGAUCGGCAAGGCCGGCACCGCCAACUUCGGCGCGAACACCGACUUCGACCCGACUGAGAAGGAAAUCACGCCGAUGGGCGGCUUCGGCCACUACGGUAUUGUCAAGAGCGACUACGUCAUGAUCAAGGGUGGCGUCGUCGGUCCGCGCAAGCGCCUGAUCACCAUGCGCCAAUCCCUCUUCAAGCAAACCCGCCGCGUCGCCACGGAGAAGAUCAACAUCAAGUUCAUCGAUACUUCCUCCAAGUUCGGCCACGGUCGCUUCCAAACUUACGAAGAGAAGGCGAAGGUGUUCGGCACCCGCAAGCAAGCGUAA